GAUGAAACCUCCGGGCAGCAUAAUUACCAAUUUGAGCGGUUUAAUGUCUGUCUAGUCUCUACCCACUGAAUGUGAAGCUAUUUAUCAUGUCUGCGAUCUGUGGCGUUGUGGGUCACCUCCUAUUUUGUUUGCUCCUCCCACAUACAGACUAUUUUCGCCACGCCAUCUUUCCAUCCAUGCCCUGUCCCACCUUGUGAUUCUGCUCCCACUGUCGGUGCUUCCUUAUUCAUUUAUUGGGAUUCUCCUUGCAAAUCCUAAUCGACUCCUCCUCCGCCUAGGGAUCAUGUCGCCCACGCCUUCCCGCCAUCUCAAUCCCUCUUCAUCAGAUUUGGUGAAAGAAAUCAAUACACUUGAGGUUCAAAUAGUACAUUUGGAACGCUAUCUUCUUUCUAUGUAUCGUACUUCUUUCCAGAAAACUAUCCCAAGUAAUCCGGGACACCAUGGAAGCCACAUACAACAAAUGACUGGAAUACAACCAUUGGUAACAUCUGACCUAUCAUCCCGGAGAACAAUGUCAGAAGUGUCCAAAGGCUAUUGUGAACAUCAACGGUGUUCGUCCCCAACAAGUGCUUUAACUGGCCCAACUGAUACCGUUCCAUUCACUACUCCAAAGUCAUCAUUUGCAAGGGAAAGGAAGAGUGCUUAUUUUAGACGGCGUAGCCUUGUAGACCAUCUUGGGAAUUUUUGUGUUGGCGAUGCCUGCAUUUUCCCAGAUAAGCUAUCCGAAGACAUUUUAAGAUGUAUAUCUGACAUCUACUGCAAAGUGGGCAACUCCGCACGAAGCCAUAAAGGCUAUUCAGUUUCAUCGAAUUCAUCAUUCUGCUCCUCAGGCACAUUUUCUCCCAGAAACUUAUCUGGCAGUUGGAGUCCUCAAUGUCAUGAUGAAGUUUCGGAGAAUUACAAUAUUGAAGGUCUGAAACAAGAUAAUGACCCUUAUGCUGCGAUGGUAGAAGUCCUGAAGAUAUGCUUAGAUGACGAGAGUUACAGUUAUGCUGCUAUAAUGCUUCAGAAAUUUAGGUCUCUAGUCAAAAGUCUUGAGAAUCUUGACAUGAAGAAGAUGAGGCAUGAACAGAAGCUUGCCUUUUGGAUUAAUAUUCACAAUGCAUUGACGAUGCAUGCUCAUUUAGCAUAUGAAAAUCAAAACUACACAAAAAGCACUUUCAUCACAAAGGCUGCAUAUAACGUCGGUGGGCUCUGCGUUACCGCUUAUGACAUACAAAGCUCCAUUUUGGGGUUAAAAUCUCACUAUUCUGCUCCGUGGCUUCAGACACUUCUCUCUCCAAGGAGGAAAUUCAAAACCGGGGUCUCAAAACAUGCUUAUGCUAUUGACUAUCCCGAACCGCUUGUUCAUUUCGCACUUAGCUCAGGAGCACGCUCUGACCCUGCGAUUCGCAUAUACUAUGCAAAGAGUAUAUUUGAGGAUCUGAAUGCUGCCAAAGAAGAGUUCAUACAAGCUACAGCUUAUGUUCAUAAGCAGAAAAGGCUAUACCUGCCAAAAAUCUUGCAGUAUUAUGCAAAGGAUAUGUCACUUAGCACAGCUGCACUUCUGAAAGUUGUAGGAGACUGCCUACCUGAAUAUCAACAGAAAUUGAUUGACAGAUUCCUGAAGGGUCGACCGGAAAAGUGUUUGUGUUGGCUAGAGGAAAGUUCGUCUUUUCGGUAUUUGAUCCAUAAAGAAAUAGCUGAAACGGCAUGGUGAUGAUUUUAUCAGUUUUUUAAAGGUAAUUAUGAUGCAUAGUUUUGCAGUUUUGAAGGUUUUCUGUACAGAGAGAUUGUCUAAGAGUGAUGCAGAUUUUAUUGGCGUACUGAUAGAAAAAAUAAAUAUGUUUUGCUUAUGAGGUUUUUGUACCUUAUUCUGAGAGUGUUAUGAGUUUGAGAGGUAUUUAAGUUAAAUAAAAAACCCCUUUUUCUUUCAGUUA